AUGAUAGAGUAUGACCAGAAGAAGCUCCUGAAGGCUUUCAAGAAGGAAUUCGCAUGCAACGGUACCAUUGUUGACGACGAGGAGCUCGGACAGGUUAUCCAGCUCCAGGGCGACCAGCGUCAGAAGGUCGCCACUUUCAUCGUGCAGGAGGGCAUCACCCCCAAGACUGACGUCAAGGGGUUUCCUAUGACCGAAUCCAUCACCAUGUCUUCGUCCUCCACCGAAGCCGGACCGUCACGCCUCUCCGCGGUUGCGGCGGCACCAUCCUUGCGACGCAUCCGCCACCAUCGACAGACUCGUUCGCUCGCCUUCUCCACGGUAUCCAUCGCAUCCAACGAUGAAGAUGAAGACGACGACGAGUCUCGCCGAGUUGGCUGUGUCACAGUCUCUGUUGACUGGGUCAGUGAACCAGUCUCCUUGUACGGCGCAGGUCUCAUCCCAUCGUCGGUCUCGCAUCGUUUCGUUCCCUUUUCGCUCCGAUCAAUGGCAUCAGAGAUGGUGCGUCCACCAGAGGUGUCUCGACCUACGCCUCCGGAGCGACGCCCAGCUGCGGUUCGUUGA